AUGACCGAAACUGCACGCUGGUUACUACUUGCUUCCUUAUUUGGGGCAGCGGCAGCUAAUUGGUCGCUGAGUAAUUACGCAUGCAAUCAGCCACAAUUGUAUCAACAAUGCAAUUGCCAAUCAUUUUGCAGUGGUUAUGUUCAACAACAACCGCAAUAUCAAUAUCAAUCGCCAUGUGGCGGAGGGUGUGAUGGUGGCGGUUAUGGUGGAGGUGGAUACGACAGCUAUCACCCAAGGAGACGGCAUAGGCCUCGACAUCAUAAGCAUAAGAAACCACGAAGAAAGUUCAAGUUUGAUUCUGAUGAAUCGUUAGAAUUGGAGGUUCCACCACCACCACCAACACAUAAAGCGAAGGCAAAAGUUCAGGAGGAGUCUGUUGAAGAACAAGGAUUCAUUGAGGAGCAGACUACACAAGCUCCGGUCGUGACCAAGGAAGACAGCUCAUGGGAGAACGAGGAUCUCUGGGAGAAGAAAUUCGAAGCGAAGCCGGCGGAGAGCAAGCUUGAUGAAGACGAGUUCCCCGAAAUCGAUAGUGCUGAGAUUACUAGAGCUGUGUCCCGCCCACAUCCUGCUCCAGCUCAAACGCGACCGGCGACUGGUGCUGGACAAGGCAUCGGAGUAAACACUGGUUUGGGAGUUGGAGCUCCGGGCGUCGGAAAUCCGGGAAUAGGUGGUCUAGGAUUAGGAAAUGGUGGCCUAUUCGGAAUCAGCAGUGGUGUUGGUGUUGGUGUUCCUGGCGUUGGUCCAAUUGGUGUCUCACAUUAUCAGCAGCAACGUUUCACACAUGACAAUCAAGAGAAAAAUUGCCGCGAAUGCGAUUCCGAUGAACUGGAACAAGACGAAGAAGAACAUAAUGGAUAUCGGGAUUCGUGUGGAACCAAAAAACGGCAUAGAAAGAAAAAUAAGAAAAACAAGAAGAAAAAGAAGAAGUUUCGAUUUUCGAGCGAAGAAUUGGAUCAAGAAGUGAGCAAAAAGAAAGGAAAAUAUGACGAUAAUGACGACGAAGAAUUCCCUCUUCCACCAGAUAGUUCAGAAGAAAAAUGGGAAACAAAAUCGUCGGAAUGGGAAAAAGAAGAUCAAUGGGAACGAAAAUUUGUGCCGAAAGCAAAACCGCUUCCUUCUGAACCUUUACCAUCUCCAGGAAUCGGAGGAGCUUCAGGCGGCGGCGGCGGUGGCGGUCUAGCCGGCUUAGGACUUGGCACAGGUGGAUUGUUCGGAAUCAGCAGCGGAGUUGGUGUCGGAGUUCCUGGAGUUGGGCCGAUCGGUGUCUCGUCAGGAUUGGGAAUUGGAAAAUGA